AUGUGGGAUCCGGAACUGGAGAUGAUGAGUGCUCUCGCGCUAUACUUUGCGUUCGAUGAUGACGACAAACAACCGCCGCGUAAGAGAAGAGUUUGGGUUAAGCCGUGGCUCUCAAGGCGAAAGGCACAGCGGUGCUAUGAAAAUCUAAUGCGAGAGUUGACCCUCGAGGACGCGGAAUCUUAUCGGAGCUGGAUCCCCAUGGAUACCAACACGUUCGAGGAGCUACUCUCCCUGGUCCGUCCUCACAUAUCAAAACAGGACACUAACUUCCGACAGGCAAUUCGUGCAGGGGAGCGUCUUGCGGUCACCCUCAGGCACUUAGCAACAGGUGAAACACACAAAUCCCUGGAAUUCCAAUUCAGAGUUGCCCACAAUACUAUAUCUUUGAUGGUGCAUGAGGUAUGCAAGGCAAUCUUCCAAGUGCUGUGUGACAGAUACUUGAAGGUGCCACAAGGGCACGAAGAGGGGUGCAAUGUGGCCAGUCAGUUCUAUGAGCUCUGGCAGUACCCAAACUGUAUUGGUGCUCUCGAUGGCAAGCAUGUCGUCAUUGCUCCUCCUCCACGUACUGGGGCCUUGUACCGGAACUACAAGAGCACUUUCAGCAUUGUGUUGAUGGCCCUUGUGGUAGCCGACUUGAGGUUCUUGUAUGUGGACGUAGGUAGAAAUGGUCGUAUGAACGACAGCAGUGUUUGGGGCCAGUCAAAAAUGCGAUCAGCCAUUGAGAGUGGACAGCUAGGUAUACCAGGCCCAAAGACAUUGCCUGCAUCUACGAGUAGCACACCUUUCGUCAUUGUGGGAGAUGAAGGUUUCGGCCUAAAACCCUACCUGAUGAGGCCAUACGGUGCAAAGGACCUGCAUGAUGAAAAAAGGAUUUUCAACUACAGGUACACAAUAGGAGAAGAAAAUGAUGAGUAG